UCGCUGGGCCGCGCCGCCAUUUUGAGUUGUGUGGGCUUCCAGGGCGUUCUGAGUGUGGCCUCGCCCGGGGAGGUUCCGUAGAUCACGGGCCAGAGGCGCGCGUCCGAGUGUCAGGUUGGAGCCGGGAAGCGUCCCUGGGGGGAGCGGCGGCGGGGGCAGGAUGAGCGCGGAGGCGGCGGACCGGGAGGCGGCCACCUCCAGCCGGCCCUGCACCCCGCCGCAGACCAGCUGGUUCGAGUUCCUGCUGGAGGAGUCGCUGUUGGAGAAACAUCUGCGCAAGCCCUGCCCGGAUCCUGCACCAGUUCAACUUAUUGUUCAGUUUUUGGAACAGGCUUCCAAACCUUCAGUUAAUGAGCAAAACCAGGUGCAACCUCCGCCUGAUAACAAGAGAAAUCGUAUUUUAAAACUACUUGCUCUUAAAGUUGCUGCACAUUUGAAGUGGGAUUUAGACAUAUUAGAGAAAAGUUUGUCUGUUCCAGUAUUGAAUAUGCUACUAAAUGAAUUGCUGUGUAUCAGUAAGGUUCCUCCUGGGACGAAGCAUGUGGACAUGGAUCUGGCCACUUUACCUCCAACCACUGCCAUGGCUAUCCUUCUCUACAACAGAUGGGCAAUUAGGACAAUUGUUCAAAGUAGUUUUCCUGUCAAACAGGCAAAACCUGGACCUCCUCAGUUAAGUGUUAUGAAUCAGAUGCAACAGGAGAAAGAGCUAACAGAAAAUAUUUUGAAAGUACUAAAAGAGCAAGCUUCUGAUUCUAUUUUGGUACUAGAGGCAGCCCUUAAAUUAAACAAGGAUCUUUAUGUCCACACGAUGCGAACACUAGAUUUAUUGGCAGUGGAGCCAGGCAUGGUAAAUGGAGAAACUGAGAGUUCUACCGCUGGACUGAAAAUCAGAACCGAGGAGAUGCAGUGCCAGGUGUGUUAUGAUUUGGGUGCAGCAUACUUCCAGCAAGGCUCUACAAAUUCAGCUGUCUAUGAAAAUGCCAGAGAAAAGUUUUUUAGAACCAAAGAACUAAUUGCAGAGAUAGGUUCAUUAUCUCUUCAUUGUACCAUAGAUGAGAAGCGGUUAGCGGGCUAUUGUCAAGCAUGUGAUGUUCUUGUCCCUUCUGAUAGUACAUCUCAACAAUUGACUUCAUAUAGUCAAGUCCAUAUUUGUUUGAGAUCUGACAACUAUCAGGAUGUAGUAAAGAUUUUCAUUGAAGAUAACUUAACCUUCAGUUUACCUGUCCAGUUCCGGCAGUCAGUACUAAGGGAACUCUUCCAGAAAGCUCAACAGGGUGGGUCUACUUUUGUAUUCUACAGAAAUGAAGCUCUAGAUGAAAUCUGUUUUAAAGUCUGUGCCUGUAACACAGUCCGUGAUAUAUUGGAAGGUAGAGCGAUUAGUGUUCAAUUUAACCAGCUAUUUCUUAGACCUAAUAAAGAGAAAAUAGACUUUCUUCUUGAGGUAUGUUCAAGAUCAAUAAAUUUAGAAAAAGCUUCAGAUUCUUUGAAGGGAAACAUGGCUGCUUUUCUAAAGAAUGUGUGUCUGGGGUUGGAAGAUCUGCAGUAUGUUUUCAUGAUUUCUUCACAUGAGCUUUUCAUUACAUUGUUGAAAGAUGAAGAACGAAAGCUACUUGUUGAUCAGAUGAGGAAGAGAUCCCCUAGAGUAAAUCUGUGCAUUAAACCUGUAACUUCAUUUUAUGAUAUCCCAGCUUCAGCAAGUGUCAACAUUGGUCAGUUGGAGCAUCAGCUGAUAUUGUCAGUGGAUCCCUGGAGGAUUCGACAGAUUUUAAUUGAAUUACAUGGUAUGACUUCAGAGCGCCAGUUCUGGACUGUGUCUAACAAGUGGGAAGUACCUUCUGUGUAUAGUGGGGUUAUCCUGGGAAUUAAAGACAGUUUAACAAGAGAUUUGGUUUACAUUCUUAUGGCCAAAGGUUUACACUGCAGUACUGUUAAGGACUUUUCCCAUGCCAAACAGCUAUUUGCUGCUUGUUUGGAGUUGGUAACAGAGUUCUCACCGAAACUUCGUCAGGUCAUGCUGAAUGAGAUGCUGCUUUUGGAUAUUCAUACCCAUGAAGCUGGAACGGGGCAAUCAGGAGAAAGGCCUCCUUCUGAUCUUAUUAGUAGGGUGCGGGGAUAUCUGGAAAUGAGGCUUCCUGAUAUUCCUCUUCGUCAAGUGAUUGCUGAGGAGUGUGUUGCUUUUAUGCUAAACUGGAGGGAAAAUGAAUACCUUACACUGCAAGUUCCCGCGUUUCUGCUUCAGAAUAAUCCAUAUGUAAAGCUUGGACAGCUUUUAGCAGCUACAUGCAAAGAACUUCCUGGCCCUAAAGAAAGUAGACGGACUGCUAAAGACCUUUGGGAAGUUGUUGUUCAGAUCUGUAGUGUGUCCAGUCAGCACAAACGAGGAAAUGAUGGCAGAGUCAGUUUAAUAAAGCAGAGGGAAUCUACAUUAGGCAUAAUGUAUCGGAGCGAACUACUUUCUUUUAUCAAAAAAUUACGGGAACCAUUGGUUUUGACCAUUAUUUUGUCACUCUUUGUGAAACUUCACAAUGUUCGGGAGGACAUUGUGAAUGAUAUUACAGCUGAGCACAUUUCUAUUUGGCCAUCCUCCAUCCCCAACCUCCAGUCCGUGGACUUUGAAGCUGUGGCAAUCACGGUGAAAGAGCUAGUUCGGUAUGCCCUCAGUAUAAACCCCAGCACCCAUUCCUGGCUAAUUAUUCAGGCAGACAUUUAUUUUGCAACAAAUCAGUAUUCGGCAGCUCUCCACUAUUACCUGCAGGCAGGAGCUGUGUGUUCUGAUUUCUUCAAUAAGGCUGUGCCCCCUGAUGUAUAUACAGACCAGGUAAUAAAACGAAUGAUAAAAUGCUGUUCUUUGCUGAAUUGCCACACACAGGUGGCAAUUUUAUGUCAGUUCCUCAGAGAAAUUGACUACAAGACAGCCUUUAAAUCAUUGCAGGAACAAAACAGUCAUGAUGCUAUGGACUCCUACUAUGACUACAUAUGGGAUGUUACCAUUUUGGAAUACUUGACUUAUCUUCAUCAUAAAAGAGGAGAAACAGAUAAAAGACAAAUUGCAAUCAAAGCCAUCGGCCAAACAGAAUUGAACGCAAGCAACCCAGAAGAAGUGUUACAGCUGGCAGCGCAGAGAAGGAAAAAAAAGUUCCUCCAAGCAAUGGCAAAACUUUACUUUUAAGCAGUUAGUUAAAAUUUUUUAACUUUUAUUUUUUAAACAAUGGGCUAAAAAUAAACAGUAUUAGAUUAUAUAAUA